AACACCCUUCGGUUUGGGGUUAUCGAGUGCACGUUUGCAUUUUACCGGCAGAACUUGUUGUUUUUCGCCUUAUAAAAGAGAGAAUGCGUUGAUACGUUUUACCAGUCUGGAGCAAUGGGUCUUGCUAUGAAUGUGCUCACCGCCUUACUGGUGUUCAUCGCUGCAGCAAGCGCGAUACCAGCACAUUUUCCUCACGGAAAAACCUUGCACUAUAAAUACUAUGGUGACGUUAAGGCAGGAAUUAUAGAACUGGCACCAUACGCGUCUCAAUUUGGCCUUAAAAGUGAUCUUUACAUAAAACAUUACACUAGUGAUCCAUUAUUAAACAAUGCUUACUAUGUAACACUACAGAACUGUACAUUUGGUCUGUAUAAUGGUAAGGCAGUGCAUAGCGAUAUGGUCGGUCAUUUUCUUCCGAUCGCUGAAGAUGCUAAGGCGAUUGAAAAACCAUUUUUGAUAGUCUACGAUGACAACUUCAAGUUUCAAGGAAUAAAAUUCCAAAACGAAGAGCCAAGAUGGUCGAAAAAUAUAAAACAAUCUAUAGCUUCGAUACUUCAAUUAAAUGUUCCUUUGAUAUCAUCCUCAAAAGCUUUCGUAAUGCAAGAGAAUACAAUUCACGGUAACUGUCAUGUUACCUACAAUGUCCAUCUGAAAGAUCGGCAGAAAUCCAAUGUUUUCGUCGUAACAAAGUUUUACGAGCCAGCGAAUUGUACCAACUUCGUUCAAAAAGUUUUCGAUCAAGUAGAAUGCGAUAAAUGUUACGUCGAACCGGAGAAUCCUAUGUCUACCGCAAGCCGAAGAGUUUUCGAGAUAGAAGAGCAAGGACAGGAAAUAGUCAUAACUAAAUUAAUUGGUCACGGUGUCAUAAACUAUUUCCCUUGGCAAGCUAGAUCUGAAGCUCAUUAUCUGUUGAACAAUCAAACUUUUAUUCUAGAGACUGUGACAGAAAUGGACUUGCCUGUUGUUGAUUUUCAAAAGAGUCCUCUUAUAACCGACAUUAGCUUCAAACUUUCAAACAAAUCGGAUAUUAUUACUAGCCAAGAUCUUAUUCAAGAAAGAAGUAAAAUUAAUGCUGAGUCACUCGUUAUGAAAGUGAAGACAAUGUUGAUCGAAGCAUCGAAUUAUCUGAAAGAAUAUCGUGUAGAAAUGGAGGAACCCAAUUGGAAACAUGAGCAAUUAAUCAACAGAAUUCAUCAAACGAUGUUGAGUAUGGAUCUUAAGUUGUUCGAAGAGUUAUAUUAUUCGAUACAAAAUUUAGAAGACGUUAACGUCAGAAAUAUCUUCCUUCAAAUUGUACCAACCGUUGGUACCGUCGACAGUUGUAUUUUCAUAAAAAAUGUUAUCUAUAAUUCUCAAAGUCUAAAUAUCAAAGUCUCUGAUAUCAAUGCCAUUACGAUGCUUCAUAAAUUGCCAAUGUACGUGAAAUCACCAAACGUACAACUUCUUGAGGAUAUGGAGGUUCUCAUCGAUGUUAAGCCCAAUGUAAAUAUGGAUGUUAGGGUUGCUGGAAUAUUAUGUUUCUCUACAUUGAUUCACAAAACUUUCAAGGACAAAAUAAUCGAUAAUGCGCUAAUAGAAAAAUAUCUUAAAAAAAACUUCUACGAACAUAUUAAGACCGAAACAACGUAUUACAUGAAAAUGGUUUACUUGAUGGCGAUGAAGAACGUACAACUACAAUGUGUCCAUGUAAUUCUGGAACCCAUAAUCCGUGGAAAAGAAAUCAUCUCCGAGAAACCUUAUCACAUACGUACAGCAGCUAUUUGGGCUAUUGAAAAAACGAUACAGAACGAUCUCCAAUAUGGCUAUAAUUUACUUUGGCCUGUUCUCGCGAACACCAGUUUACCAUUGACCGUCAGAAUUGCUGCUUAUAAUGUUUUAAUUAAUCAAUUGCCAUAUAUGGGACGUUUCAUGAAUAUUUAUUGGUUUAUGGUUUAUGAAAAGAACGAACAUCUCUACAAUUAUCACGUGACGACUAUCAAAGGUCUAUCAAAUUCCGUCGAUCCUUGUCUCCGUCCAAUUCGAGAAAUGGCUAGAAAGAUUUUACGCUUUACUAGGAUGAGAUCAGUCUAUGGUUCUCUUUCUGCUAAUUAUCUUGUGGAUUAUGUUUACCCCAAGUAUGAAUUUGGUGAAACUGUGAAAACUUCUCUUAUUCUCAACGAAAUUACAGGAGUACCGCAUGUUGGUUCCGUCCAAUAUAUCCAUAUGUCCGCACGCAAACGUGUCCCUAUUGUGGGAAUUUAUUGGAGCGUCAAUGGUUUGGAUGAAAUCAUGAACAUGAUUAAUAAACAAUGGAGUGGUAACAUUAUGGAAAUUAUUAAUGAUGAAAAUGUUAUAAAUAUUCUUAAAAAAACAGCCAAGGAUAUGCCUGUCAAGGAAAAUAUUUACGUAGAUCUUGCAAUAACAGUAAACGAUCAAGUAGUCCAGACUAUUCAUUUGGACAAAGAUAAUUGGAUGACAAUCUUUGAUAAAGUCAAAGAUUGGAAGAAUAUCAUUUCCAAUGUUAAUGUCAAUGUACUGGGUGUCAUAUACGAUACGUUCUACGAAAUGUAUGUACCUACAGAUAUGGGCCUUGAAGCUGUACUUACUACGAAAAUACCAGUUCUGCUAUCGGCAAAAUUGAAUACUGUUUCAAUCAAAGAUAAUGUACCUCUAAAUAUGAAUCUCAAAUUUGAUACUCAUUUGUGGAAACAUGGUGAAUACGUUAUGUCAAUGUAUAAUCCUAUCGUUGAUAUUUGGCACUCCAUUCGUAGAGUUACCACUAAAGAUAUCAAGAUACCCGCUGCUAUGAAUAUUUUUUACAAUAACGAAACGUCCAAUGUCAAACUUACCUUUAAAAUGAACGAAUUUUUGAACCUUGGAGCAUUAUCUUACGUGAAGAAUUAUGUUACUAUUACCGAAGACGAAGAAGAUAAAUUGAAGAAGAGUUGUGAUACUUGUAAACAUUACGAAGUUGUCACCAAGGGUGAUAACUAUAAGAAAACUUACGAUAAUACUUACGAAUUGAAGGGCACUGGUCUUCAAUAUUUCAUGACGACUUUCGAUUGCGAGAAUAGUAAUACACCUGCUACUAAGGAGAUUGAAUGGAUGCAAGCAUUCUCAUCGGAAAACAAAAAUACUUGGAAUAACAAGAUUAUACAAUUCAUCAUGGGACUUCGUCAACAUUCCUAUGUUAAUUUCAUUUCUCCUGAAAUGGGGACUUGUGGAUCUAUUGUCAUGAUCAAACCUAAAAUCACAGAUCCAUGCUCGAACAUCGUUUUUAACGUGUGGGUCAAUAUUAAAGAUUUAGAUCAUGUGGUUAAAAAAAUGCAUGUUCUUAGCAGCAAGAAAAUAAACAUCCAUGGUACCUUAGAUGUUGUAGAAGUUUGCACCAACACGAUUACUCAUUCGUGGGACCUUAACUUUAACUUUGAAUCUAAUCCAACUCAUAUUAAUAACAAUCUCAAAGUACAGAUUACACGAACUGCACCAGGAGAGAAGAAGCUCAAAAUUUGCAUAGAUGGACAGAAAAAUUAUCCGGUAUUUAAUAGCGAUUAUUUAAAAGUUGGCGAGAUCAAAGAAGAAACCAAUACUAAAGUUACCGUUACUAUGGAUAUGACUGAAAAGGACGAAUGCGUUAGCGACGAAAUGGUAAUAAAAAUGACGAUAAAGGGAGAAAUGAGCGAGGAACAAAAGGAACAGAUGGCUCACGAUAAUGUAAACGGUGCUUGCGCUAAAGAUGUUCAAAAUCCACUUAUCACUACUCAGCAAGGACACGUUCCUAAGACUUGGAACUGUUUACAUAGAAGUAUCCUUUAUUCGACUAUGAGAAAAUAUAGUAUGAAUGUUACUUAUAAACAGGUUCCUCAAAGUAUAAUAUCCAAAAUGAUCAUGCUUGACGAUAUGAUCCGAGUUGCUUUCUUACCUCAAAUAAAUUAUACCACAAAUGUUGAACCUACCAGUGUAAAACUAAUGGUUGAAUAUCCAGUAGGAACUGACAACAUGGAUGUAUCCGUUGUUACAGCAAAUCAUGGUUACAAAAUUAGUGAAAUACCAUUGGGUAAUAAAUUGUGGAACGUAUUGAUGGACAAUACUCACUUUUCAACGAACUUCCUGCAAAACUUAUAUAACCAUCAAUUGAAAAUAUGCACUGUAUAUCCUCAAAUUUUGGUAAUGAUCGAUAAUAAUAAUAUACCUUAUAAGGUUCCUGAUCAAUGGACUUUGGUAUCUGGCGAUUAUGUAUAUAAAACUUUCGCAGUUUUCGUUAAAGUUGUUGAAAAUAUUAUGAGUACUAAAGUAAUAGUUGGAGAACACGUACUUGAAAUUGUUCCAACUGAAAAUGAAUCAUUGAUCAUGAUUAAUGGUACCGUAGUGGUUAAUCCAUUCAAAAAGGGUAUAGUUGAGCCUCGUGAUGACUAUAGUACUUAUGCCUUCAAGAUUACCGACAAUAACGAGAAUAUAAUCGUACAUUCAAAGCAUGUACCAAUUAAAAUAUUGUGUACUUCCAAUAGCAUGACUAUUAUUAUGGACAGUUUGCUUCAGGGUCAUAUGACUGGAAUAUGUAAAAAUAAUUCUAUUAAUUCGCAUAAAAAGAAACUUCCUAAAAUCUAUAGUACACUGUUCUUUGAACAGUAAAACGUACAAUACGUAAUAAUAACGUAUCUUGAUUAGCGAUAAUAUAUAUUUUAUAAAAUUUA